CUCUCCUAUCUGGCCAGCAUUACCUGAAGGGAGCUUCCGCAUUCUAGGUAGGUUCUGGGGAGGACCUCUUUCCUCUUCACGAAUAACCACGUUGAAUUCGAAGGGGCGACGCUCAGUUGUCCAUUUCCUCCACCUCCGACUAACGAACCGCUUGCGAACAUGCUCGCCAGUCCGAGGCCAUGACGUCCCAAAACCUUCCCUUCCCGCCGUCUCCGAACCUGAGCUCGCACCUACAUCCGAAUUUCGAACGCCGUCCGUCAUCCAUCACCUCCAGACUCUCCUUCGCAGUCUCAACUAUCGAGGAGGGCAAUAAUGCCGGGAAUACAGCGCCAGCACAAGAGCAGCAGAUUGAAGAGGAGAUUGCCGAGAUCAAGAGAUAUGAAGACUUCACCACCAUAGACUGGGUGCAAGAUGCUGCGCGAGAGCAAGCCCGGAGGAAAUCCCGUCGCAGGCGCAAAGCGGGCCUGAUCGACAAAGGGCCGCCGGGCUGGCGGUAUCGUCUCUGGGAGUCUUACGAUGCCGCCCAGGGCUGGCUUGUCGUCACUCUCAUUGGAAUCGCCAUUGGUCUCAACGCGGCCUUUCUGAACAUCGUCACCGAAUGGCUCGCCGACGUCAAGAUAGGAUACUGCACCACUGCCUUCUACCUCAACGAGAAAUUCUGCUGUUGGGGAGAGGACAACGGUUGUUCGGCCUGGCACCGCUGGACCGGCUUCGAGCCGUUCAACUACUUCUUCUACAUCGUCGUCGGUGCUUUCUUCGCCUUCACGUCGGCAUCCUUGGUCAAGUCCUUCGCCCCUUACGCUGCCGGGUCUGGCAUCUCCGAGAUCAAGUGCAUCAUCGCCGGGUUUGUCAUGAAGGAUUUCUUGGGUUUCUGGACGCUUCUCAUCAAGUCCAUUUGCUUGCCCUUGGCCAUCGCCUCCGGCCUUUCGGUCGGCAAGGAGGGGCCGAGCGUACACUACGCCGUCUGUACGGGCAACGUCAUCUCGAGGCUCUUCAGCAAGUAUCGACGCAAUGCUUCCAAGAUGCGCGAAAUCCUGAGCGCCUGUGCUGCCGCGGGCGUAGCUGUCGCCUUUGGCAGCCCUAUCGGCGGCGUGCUCUUCUCUCUCGAAGAGAUGUCUAGUUACUUCCCUCUGAAGACCAUGUGGAGGAGCUAUUUCUGCGCCUUGGUGGCGACCGCCAUUCUCGCCGCCAUGAAUCCGUUCAGGACCGGCCAGGUUGUCAUGUUUCAGGUCAGCUAUGAUCGCGACUGGCACUUUUUCGAAACGUUCUUCUACAUCAUCUUGGGCAUCUUCGGCGGACUCUACGGCGCCUUUGUCAUGAAGUGGAAUUUGCGCUAUCAAGCGUUCAGGAAGAGAUAUUUCUCCCAGUACCCCAUUGUGGAGGCCACCCUUCUGGCCCUUUUCACGGGUAUCAUCUGUUACCCCAACAUCUUCCUUCGAAUCGACAUGACGGAGAGCAUGGAGCUGUUGUUCCUCGAAUGCGACGGUUCAGAGGACUAUCACGGCCUAUGUGCUCCUGGCAGGAGGUGGUGGAACGUCUUACUUCUGACGAUAGCAACCGUCCUGAGGAUCUUCUUGGUCAUCAUUUCGUAUGGAUGCAAAGUGCCGGCUGGGAUCUUUGUUCCCUCUAUGGCCAUCGGGGCAUCCUUCGGGCGUGCUAUGGGUAUGGUCGUCGAAGCCAUUCACGAGGCCAACCCCCAGAGCGUCUUUUUCUCUGCCUGCAAACCAGAUGAGCCUUGUAUCACUCCAGGCACGUAUGCCUUCCUGGGCGCAGGAGCCGCUUUGAGUGGAAUCAUGCACAUCACCGUUUCCGUGGUCGUCAUCAUGUUCGAGCUUACGGGCGCGCUCACGUAUAUCCUCCCGACUAUGAUCGUUGUCGGCGUUACGAAGGCUGUCAGCGAUCUCUUCGGCAGAGGAGGCAUCGCCGACCGCAUGAUCUGGUUCAGUGGGUUCCCAUACCUGGACAACAAGGAGGAUCACAACUUUGGCGUCGCUGUUUCCCACGUCAUGAAGGGGGAAGUGGUUUCCCUGCCUGUAAGCGGGGUCGCCUUGGGGGAAGUGGAGGGUCUUCUAUCCCGUCACAAGUAUCAGGGCUUCCCCAUCAUUGAAGACGCCAACUCCAAGAUGCUAGUCGGCUACAUUGGCCGGACGGAACUACAGUAUGCAGUGGACCGUGCCAAGCGAGAAAACACAGUUGAUCCUCGGGUCCGCUGUACCUUUUCGCUGCUCCAAUCCCAGAGCACUACAGGACUCGUAGCACCGGCCGUCUCGUUGAAUGACGACGCCGUGCCAUCGACAUCGAUUGACUUGAGCCGAUACGUCGACUCUACGCCCGUGACGGUCCACCCGCGCCUACCGCUCGAGACGACGAUGGAGUUGUUCCGCAAGAUAGGACCUCGCGUCAUCCUCAUCGAGUACCACGGAAAACUCAUCGGCCUCGUCACCGUGAAGGACUGUCUUAAGUACCAGUUCAAGGUGGAGGCGGCGGAACACCCGCGUGACGACCACCAGGUUCUCGAAGCCCAGGAGAAGCUGUGGGGCGUCAUGCGCAAGGCGGUCGGCUGGGUGUCGGACAAGGUGUCGAGCGCAUCAGGCGGUCGGAUACGUCUGAGUUCGUUCGAUGAGCCCAGGAGGUCCGGCUGGACACCCGGUAACCGACAAGGAACACAGAUCAUGGAUGGUGAUGAGGAUGAAGAUGACGACGGGGGAGCUCUCGAGCUAGAGAGCCGUUGAUGUGUAUCUUGGUGGGUGAUCUGAAUUUCGGGUUUUGUGAACGUAACUUUUUACUGCCCUCUCAGGGAUUGGCGUCUUGGAAUAACGGGUAUGGUACUCAAGUUGGGUAUAGAAUUCAAUAUAUGAUGUCCAUAGAUGGGCACUGUGCCAUUGCUCGGGAUUUCGUGACCCUAGCAUGCCCUAUAACUUGCCUGUGAAUUUUCGCGAGAACUUUAAGUGGGAGAUUUCUGAUCGUUGUAAACGACCAACAUAGACGAG